AUGGAAUGUGUUUUCGGGUAUUUUUGCGUUUUUACGGUGAUUUGGGAUGAGAUUGGUGAGAUUAGGAGUUCCGCGCCUCUCUUGGUCUUCUCAGCUAUUAUGACGGACGCAUUAAAGGAGAUCGGAAUCCAGGAUGUUGCCGUGAGUGAGGCCGAGGCAGGAGUGUCAUCGAGUAAAGAGAUGGCAUUCGUGGCGUUGGGAGAGGGGGGUAUGGAGUCGGAUGAUUAUAUGAGAUAUAAGAAGUUGGAGAAGACGAUGGAGCAUUUGGAG